AUGUCUCGUGUCCUCCUCUUUCUCUUCAUCUUUUCUUUAUCGGUUUUGGUUGGAUCAAUCAAUGGACGGUCAUGUGGAUCAUCGACGCCCACUUCAGAGGAUAUGUACAAAAAGCAGAUGGAAAGGUCCGAGGAAUCAGCACGUGAAAUGGGAAGGAUUGGUUUGGAGUGUGAACCCGAAGGGUACACAGGUGGUUCAGGCAACACGAACUCUGUUGGUGAUAUGAUUCUCGGCUUCUUCAUUCUUUUCUUUAUUGUUGGUGCCCCCAUUAUGAUCUGUCUCGCGUGUGUUCGGAGACAACAGGCUAUAAACGCAGCCAAUCUCAAUAACGUUUCCGGUCAAGUGGUAGGAGCUCAUGGAACUGAUCUCAAGUCUUAUCCUCAGACAGGGACCGUCCAAAAGGGAGAUCCCAAUUACCAAGUUUGAUCCAUCACUUUUCACAAGUAUGGAUAAUGGUUAUUUUUCGGUUGUCUUGCCAAUUAAUG